CAAAUCUAGCAGACCGUGUCUCUGCGUUUCGGUCUCCCUGUGCAAAUUUGCGAUUCGUGGUGCGUGAGACAAAUAAGAAAAAGAAUGGGAGUUUUCACCUUUGUGUGCAAGAGUAGCGCCGGGGAAUGGACUGCCAAGCAGUGGGAGGGAGAACUUGAAGGUUCUGCUGCUUCUGCUUACGAGCUCCAGAGGAAACUCGUUCAGUGUGCCGCCGCCGUCGACUCCUCUGGCGGCGUUAGCUCCUCUUUUUCUCUCAUCACUCCUAACUCUGCUGUUUUCCAGGUGAUUAUCGGAGGUGGCGGAGGCGGAGGUUUCAUAGGAGGAGGAGCUGCAGCUCCUGCUGGAGGCGCUGCCCCAGCCGCAGAAGCACCAGCAGCUGAGGAGAAAAAGAAGGAAGAGAAAGAGGAGGAGAGUGACGAUGAAGAUAUGGGAUUCUCACUCUUCGAUUAAGUGCCUUUCUGUCUAUUACUUAGCGAGUUAUUGUUUACAUUUACAUGUUUCUUUUGUUGGUUUAUGCUACCCCAACUGGCAUUGGGUUUUUCGAGUUAGGAAAUUGACACUUUUAUAAGUAUGUGGUUUAUCUUGAGCUUCUAUUUUCAAAUUCUUGUUUUGUUUCAUAUUGCCUUUA